AUGGAGUGGGGCGUUUCUUGGCUAGACUGGAAGAUUUGCAGGCUGAUUUUGUGUCUUAAGGUAGGUUUGGAGGGUAGGAGGUUUUUCACGACUGGCGUAGAUAUCCCACAAAGUGUGGGUUCUGUAGUUUCGUGUUUCCUUACGCUUGAGGAACUGUGGCUGGACCUUCUGAUUCACUUCUCCGACCUGUGCAUCGGGGGCACCUUCGUGGUAGUCUUUCUCAGGCUACGGAAGAGCAGAUCAGCGGCGGGUCUUUCCUUGCAGACUCUGGCGACUGUAGUUGGCGCCAGAGUUCUCCAUUUGAUAAGCCAUUACAUUGGGCUCCACUAUCGCCCGAAUGUGCUACCCUGGCUGCUUUAUCCAGCCAUUGAUGUGGUAAGUGCUUGCAUCGGCUGUGCUUUGCUGGCCUCAUUUCUCUUGUACUACUACCCCAGCUAUGAGAAGGAGAAGGACAAUUUUGGCAUCCACAUCUUUGAACGCCUCGACCUGCUUCCAAAGAACAGUCCCUUGAAGACAAGCCCCAUAGUGGCCGCCAGUUUUCUGUACGCUGUUGUGGCGGUGCUGGCGUUGAUGUGGUACUUUGUGAGGAGGUCUCAGCAUGGGUUCUGGGUCAGCUACUUCUGUUGCUACUACGAGGCAAUGGGUGCCGUAGCCCUCAUACCUCAGCUGUGGAUGUUCCAUCAAGACAAGAGGGUGUCGCCUUUGUUGUCUUACUUCGUAGUCCUCACCGCCCUGAACCGGUUCUUCACUCUGUGCUUCUGGAUUUGCUAUCCGCGGGUCUUCUUGUGGCGAUAUCCGGACAACCGUGGUGUUCAGAUGGCGUCGGAGACUCUGAACAUCCUGAUCCUCUCAGACUUCCUCUUCUACUGGGCCAGGUCAAAGCUUCGGGGAGAUUCGGAAGUGAUUCUAGGCGGGGGGAUGGAGUCUGCAAAGAGUUUCAUUAGUUGCGCAACCUUGUCCUUGCAGCAUGACACUCUGCCAUAA